AUGGAUUUGCCGGAGGCUCAUGAUGUCUCCAUGCCGGCAAGCACAACAGGCUGGUUCCAACGGGAGCCGGUCUGGAUCGACGACAGGCAAAUGUUGCUGAACGUGGAGUGGGCGUGCUUCCUGCUCUAUGCAGCCGCUGGCAUCGGCGGCGUACUUCUGAUCCCGAAGAGACCCAGGUCGACCUCCGGAGCUUCGGCCACAAGACGUGCCAUGCUGCCUGGAAUGAGGAGUCGGCGACAAUUGGCGCUCGGCCUUUGCAUCGCCAAUGCUGUGCGCUGUUUCAGCUUGUUCUUGGAGAUCGAGAACCGGGAAGGACGUUUGACCGAUCUGCUACAACAGCUGGGUCCGACCCAGAUGCAGUGGCUGUGGGACUUAAUCUCUCUAUUUCCAACAGUGGUGUAUCUCUCCGCUUUCUCUAUAGUCGUCUCUUUCUUCGCCCAGCUCCACUACGCCAUCAACGUGGUUCCACUUCCGCUGUUGGACUGCCUGGUGGUGUGCGUCAAUAUUGCGUGCUACUUUCUAGUGGUGGCCGUUGCUGUUUGCACGUAUUUGCUGUGUGCGUAUCACCACCUCCGAGCAUACCUUUCGUGCAUCAUUGGCUUCCUCUAUGUCAUACUGGCAUGGUCAAUGCUGUACUACGGGAUGAUGGUCGUGACGCAGCUCGCUGAGAUUUGCCGAAAAGACCCUCCUGUGCGAAUGCUCAUCACCAGAGUGGGCGUCGUCUCCGUAUUCUGCCCGGCACUCUUUCUGGUCAGAGCGGUCUGCCUGCUCGGUUGGGGAAGCUCCAUGGCUGCCCCGUCCACCGGAGUUGACCUGCUGCUUGCGCUCUGUUCCGAGUGGCUGCCAACAGUUGUUGUGAUAGCGUGCCUCAUCCCGAUUUCGACCUCUGACUUCCCAGAGGAGCUCACGGUUGACUCUGAGUCGGACCCGGACUCCCCGGGAACGGAGGUGCCGGCGCUGCACGAGCCGUUGAUGGCAAGGCCACCACAACUCCGCCCGGUGCUGCAAGCCGAGUUCGGAGUCCACGAUGUGCUUGCUGGACCUUCUGUCGGCCAGUUCCUGGCUGAACUAGGUGCCGAUGUUGUCAAGGUUGAAAACCGCAAGACCGGUGGAGACGUGACCCGGUCAUGGCGACUGCGAGGAGACAACCCGCAGCAAGCGACUAGCUACUUCUCUUGCUGUAACCUGGGAAAGCGAUCCCUGGCCGUUGAUGCGUCCACAGACCGUGGCCGAGACCUGUGCAGGCGCUUGGCCAUCUCCUCAGACAUUGUCAUUGCCUCAUACAAGCCCGGGGAUGAUGUCAAGCUCGGUCUGGACGCUGCGCAGCUGCGUGCCCAGGCACCGCGUCUCAUCUAUGCCCAGAUAACAGGUUAUGGUCUGAACGAUCCACGCACUGGCUACGAUGCUGUCAUCCAGGCGGAGUCGGGCUUCACUUUCAUGAAUGGCGCUGCUGCACACCAGGGAGGAAGUCCCACGAAGAUGCCUGUGGCUCUCGUGGAUUUGCUGGCAGCGCAUCAGCUCAAGGAGGCUAUACUCCUAGCAUUGUUCAAUCGAGAACGCUUUGGAGAAGGUGCGCACGUGCACGUCUCUCUCAUGGCGGCGGCCGUUGCCUCUUUGGCCAAUCAGGCCACGGGCUACCUGAUUACUGGGGAGGUGCCGCAAAGGAUGGGUUCAGAUCAUCCGUCAAUCUGUCCUUAUGGGACAGCUUUCUCCGACCAGGACGGCGAAGCGCUGGUCCUCGCAGUUGGAACUGACACGCAAUUCACUGCCUUGUGCGAAGUUCUGCGACGUCCAGAUCUUGCGGCCGACCCUCGCUACCUUCGCAAUGUGGACCGGGUGAUCAAUCGGAAGGAGCUUCAUGCUGCCCUCGGGGAGACUGUUGCCAGAUGGCGCCGUGACGAGCUCCUCGCUGCCCUGUGCGAAAGGAAGGCGCCCUGGGACCGGCCUCUGGAUACACUUACUAAGACUUACUAUGUCUUACUAUGUUUGCCUCACUUGCCUCGCUCCCCACUUGUCCAGCCCCCGCAGAUACCCAAUCUAAUCAGCUUCACACUAGGCGGACCGUGGGGCAGACUUCCUUUCGCAUCAACCCCUUCACCGCGCCCAAGCGUGCAUUGGGUCUGA